AAGACCAGCUCUCUGUAUUAGCUCUUCGUCUUCCUGGGCUCGAUGCUCUGGUUGAUCUGGGGCUGGUCGCGUAAUAUGAUGAUUCCAGGCCGGGAGAGGAGGCGAUCUCCGGUCUGACCUCCACGCUGCAGGGCAGGAAGUUUAACAACUGGUGCGUGCUACAUCUGCGAGCGCUUAUGGCUGGAGAAUAUAACUUAACUCUAUAACUGAUGUGUUAUUACCCAUAAUUAUGUUAAUAGCCUAUAACAUUAGAAAAAGUUACAGAUAACAUGUUAUUUGUAUGUCCAGUUAUUAUAAGAGAAGCACAGUUUUGAGCAAUAUAGCGAUUACAUUUUUUUUAAAGUAGUCAGCGGGAGAUUGUUGAAAAAGUAGUUGGGUAGCAGUCGUCGUCUUUUUCUGCCCGCAUCCGGAGCGUCUAGCUCAGUUGCAUAGGUGAGGAGUCGAGAUUAUCCAGGGAGAAGGGAUGCUCCGCCGACGCAUCGUGCGUCCGAGGGCGGGACUUCCGUUUGAAGAAAACUUGUCAACAGUUUCGCACCAGAAACAAAUAAACAUGUAGUUUGAUUUCGCGAGAAGAGGUGCAACAACUCAGCAAACGGCCACGAAUCCGGGUUAUGGAGAGACGCACAGGCCGAUAAACCCAAAAUGAGCUCGUUCAGGCACUAGCAGUAUUUAAAACUCUACUGAGCAGUCUGAACGAGCCGUGAACGUCUCUGUAAAUAGUUGUGCGCUGAAGUCUACCAGUGUCCAACGAGAAGGGAACUUAUUUCUUGUGAAACGGGUGGACAGCUGCUCCACAGUUGAAGAUCGUGAGCUCGCCACAGAACCUCGCCUAUAGCUCGUUUUGGUUCCAGUGGCAAUUUGUCGUAGAAUCGCAUUGCUUCAAAAUCACAACUUGGACUCGGUUCGAGCCUGGAAGAGGUGUGACGGACGAGAAGUGGAGAGACGGACCGAGUGUGUGAGUGACAGAAACAGGGUGUUGUAAAUCUGAGAAACAAUGGUGUUGGAUUAACCUUUUUACUGUUUUCUCACAACAAAGAUUUAUAAACGCACUAUUCGUACUUUGGUAACACCUGAAUGGGCCUCAAGAGGAUCACAACACGCCCCCUUUAACUUAUGUUUUCCGAUGUGAAGAGUUGAGGAUAUUCUCCCUAAAAGCCUGGCACAAGCUUCUGUGGAUGCGUUUUGGCUCAAAUAUUCGUCACCCGGACAAAUGAUGUGGGAGGAACAUUGCGCAAGGUAUACUACAUCAGUGCAGUAGCCUUUCUUUUCCUGGAGAUUAAAGCUCAUGUGAAUGACUGACUGAGCCUGGAGAAAAAAAACAUUCACACAAAUGAAUGCGUACGUAAUUUCUCUUCGAUGUCCAGACUAUAUCAGAUGUGGACAUCUGGGCUCAUGAUGGGCACACCUUUGGUUCACAAUUUCAGUCGAAAACCUUAAUCUCUCCUCUGAAGCUGACGGUUGGAUGUUGCGUCAUUUGCGGCAUGGUGCGAAUGCAACCGUUUCUGAAGUGUGCUGGUAGGCCUAUAUUACAUCAAAUAAUAGUUUGAAACCACAGCGUUCCACGGGCCCCCAGUCAGGAAUCUAAAUUGGCCCCGGAGACGUCAGAGUUUUGGCUGCAACACUCUAUUGGAUUAAAAACGUUGCCUAAAAUACGUGACCCUCAGCACAAAUGCCUACAGCGGAAAGUUGUUCACCGAUUUUUCUGGGAAAACCUCUAGAUAAUCCACAGCAUGGAUUACCCGUGGUAAUCUAUAGUUAGACUUAGAGCUCGGUGUUUCUUCUUUCGGUGUGAAAGAAUUCCCCUGUCGUGUCGACCCAGCCUCUGACACUGCUCACGGUAACGGAGAGAAACAUUACCUGUCGAUGAGCAGCGUAAAAGACAAAUAUUUUUGAACUGCUAGUUUAGAUUAGUUAUUUUGUUGUUGUCGCUGUGUAUUUAUUUUUAGGCUAUUGUUAUCUUUGACCCGAGGGACAAGGGAUUCACCCAAUUUGACCUGAUCGACGCGCACGUACGAGAUCCACAUCCUUUGGUGGAAUGUAUCCCGUGGCGCAGGCGCAAUAACACUGUCAGACAAGCCAUCUAUAAAUACGCGAAGUGAGGAGGACGCCUUGUUCGUCUUCAGCCAAGUGCGCCUUGCGCAACCUCUGAGCAGAGAGCUGCCUGCUCCUGUGCAAAAAGGCUUGGCUCCAGGUCUCACUUUCUCUUUUUUUAAAAAACAAAACAUUACAAAGUUUUCACUCUUUUUCACAAGAUCGCACAGUGAGGGCUUUUAGGAAAGUUUUAUGUGUUUUUAAAAGUUUUAAAGUGCACAGAAGGAGUGUAGUUGCAAGCCUAUGGGAAGGCCUGUGUGAGUUCACCUGAGGACUGUUUUUGAGUGUGAUCUGUGGAAUGUAACCAGAUGCUCCCCUGUGGGUUUGCUGAUGAAAAGAGACCAUUAUUUUUCCUCACCCCCCAAGCACUCUCUGUCCCUGUCUGAGUGGAGAUACUUGGAUGUUCCAUGAUACUUUUGGUUGACCUCAGAGAUUUGUUUUCUCAUUCUGUGUCACCCAGUAGUUGCAUUGUUGUGUAUGUGUGUGUUGGAAUCUGGGCAUUAACUAGAAAAGAGAUAUGAGUCUUCACACUCAGGGCUAACACACACUCAAUUACAGCACACACACUGACACACUUACACAAUUUCACCUUAACAAUGAGUGGGGGUAAGAAAAAAAGUGGUUUUCAGAUCACUAGUGUGACGUCUGACUACAGCCAAUGGGCAACGGAUAGCCCCACCGCCCAAAACCCUGCGGCUGACGCCAGCCCUACUGGGGUGCUUAGCAAUGGUGGCCAGAGCACCAUGGCUUCCCCGUCUCUCCCUCACCGACAGCAGCCGACAGCCGACAGGAGCUCGACGGACACUCCUCAGGCUGUGCCCAACGGACCCAGCCCUUUUCUCGCCCUCAGCCCGCCUUCCUCGCAGAUGGACAGGAGCUCCAGCCAACCGGCUACGCCCGUUCUCUCACGCCGGCAGAGUGAAGCUGAGCAGCAGGGCAGUGGCGGGGGCAGCGGCGGCGGUCUGAGCAGUAGCGGCGGGGCGUCUCGCUUCCGCGUGGUGCGCCUGGGCCAGGGCCUCGGGGAGCCGUACCGACGCGGCCGCUGGACCUGUGUGGACCAGCUGGAGCGGCCCGAGCCCGAGCCGCGCCUCCGCCGCGUGCUGGACAGCAUGCGGCACGCUCACUCGCUGGAGUCACUGGAGACAGUGGGCCUGGAAAGCGGCGGCGUCGGCGGUGCAGUGGCCGGCGCAGCACUCAAACCGCUGGGGCUGGCCAAGGGUCUGCGCGGGGCGACGGCAGCAGCAGUGGGGCCCAUCGUCCACUCACAGGGCACCACCCACCUGCUGGCGCACCAGCAGCAGCCACAGCGGAGGCUGGCCGGGGGGGCGGGAGGGGGCGCUCUAAGCGGGCCGCCCUCGCCAACGCAUGCCAGCCCCGAGCCACCCAGCCUGCUGUCACCAGCCACUUCACGCAUGCGCAACAUUCCGCCGCCACUCAGGCUGGACAUGGAUGCCACCGGAAAGUUCCGUAUGACCCAGUCCCAGCCCAGCUCCCCUGGUUCCCACCUGGGAGGUCGAGAUGGUCUGUUCCACCCGAGCCUCACACCCAUUCAGACACCCUCAGCGCUUGCCCUGGCACAGUCCAUGUUUGGAGUGGGGGGUGCCUUUGAGGUGGAUGAAAGUGGAUCUGGUAAUAGUGCAAUUGCUAUCGACAACAAGAUUGAGCAAGCCAUGGAUCUGGUGAAGACACACCUAAUGUUAGCUGUUCGAGAGGAAGUAGAGUUGCUGAGGGAGCAGAUUAAGGAGCUGACAGAGAAGAAUGCCCAGCUUGAGCGAGAGAACUACAUCCUCAAGGCCCUCAGAGACCGCCACUAAGUAUGAUGGGUCUUGUAGUCCUUAUGCCCCACAGGCCACUUGAGACACACAGCCUGUUUUCCUAUCAGUCUCCUGGAAAAGUGAGACAGGUGUGAUUGGAUGUGAGGUUUGUCUACCCACAGCAAACACAGGAAGAUGCACUUUUCUUGUCCACAGACCACAUGGGACUUGUCACUGGCUAUGGGAGGUGGCUAUGGGAGGUAUCUUUACUCCUCUGGCCUCUGGCCUUUGGAAUGGCACUCAGGAUGAAGGGAUGAGUGAAAAAAGAAUGUGUAGAGCGACAAAAGAGAUGGAUGGAAGAAGAGGAACUAAAGGAGCGAAUGAAAACUAAGAACUUAGGACGGAAGGAUGGAACAUUUAAAGGCUUCUAGGACUCCCUGAUCCAGGCACAAGCAGACUAUACACUUGCGCUGCAUUUGGUAUAUUUUUUUGAACAUAUUUAAAAUCGUACAUCAGAUACAAUUGUAUCUGCACCUGUGCAGAAUGCACUUUCACACAGAUGCACACAGGAUACACACAAAUUCAUGAUCUUAGAUAAAUCUCUCUCUCUUCCUCCUUCCCUCUGUCUCUCUCGCUCACUAUCACUGGCUUGCACACACACCUGCACAUUUUCACCAUGAAUUAGGGAGUUGUGUUAGAAGUAAAACUUACACUGUCUAAUAUCUCAUAUAAUCAUUUUAAGGUGGAGUUUGCAAUAAUGUCUGUCAUAAUAAUGACGAGUAGUGUUAACAAGAGAUCUACCAAAUGGGGACCUUUGAAUGCCAUCUUUAUUUAUUUAAAUGUGUUUUCCACCAGAAUGAAUGUUUAUUUUUUGCAGUCAACCAGGCCUAUGGAUUGCCUUCAACUGUGUGUGUCUGUGUGUUUUUGUGUGUGUGUGUGUGUGUGUGUGUGUGUGUGUGUGUGUCUGUGUGUGUUUGUAUUCCUACGUAGCUCUGUCUUGCCAUUAUUAGGCUGUGGCCUCUCCUCUCCUACAGAUGCCAUGCUCAUUUUUUUCUGUCAGCAGUAUUAGGUAACUCUGACAACCAAACGGUGGGGUGCAGUCAAGUAUCAAGUAUCAACUAGCAUAGACUUUUACACAUCCUGUUCCUGCUGUUAUGGAGUCUACUUCAAAAGGACCUCAGUGCCUGCCCUAAAAACUGCCUGUGUCAAAGCAUAUCUCUGUUGUACGUUGUGUUGUGUGUGUGUGUGUGUGUGUGUGUGUGUGUGUCUGCAUGAGUGUCUCUUAGCGCCUUUGUGCCAAAUGGAUCUUGAAUGUCUUACUCUGCAAGCACUGCUCUGCUCAACGGCUAGUUUUGUACAUUCUUGUUAGGUUGCUGCAGUAACAAUAGUUGUGUGCUGUUUUGUUGCCAUUCUCACUCCCGGUCUAUGCUGUUUGGCCGUUCCUCCGGUAAUGCUGAACAGUGGUACGAAGGGGGUGUUUCAUGACUGUUACACCUUUGGUUCUGAACUUAAAGCUAUUGUCCGAGAUGUUAAUUAUCUCUACUGUUGAAUGGAAAGAAAGAAUAAUCUAAUAAAUAACUUUUACUAAG